AUGCUCGCCAUGAUGGGGAUCGACUUUCCCAACAUCCCCGAUAUGCAUCGACGCUAUCUCAUUUCCAGCGGCGACGCCAUGUCUCUUAAACACCUCGAUGCAUUCGAGAAUGAUCUCAAGGACACCCAUGGCGAAGAACAAGCCGGUACUCACGACAAGUACAUCGUUGCCAGAGCCAGGAAGAUACACCAGAGUCUACUCACAACGCCCUUUACCGCCUUGCUAUCAGUCAUCCAGAUCUUCCCGCUGCUCCUGACGUCCCCGUUCAAAGGCGCGAGAAGCCGCCAGCAGUUUCCCGACAUCAUCCUCACCAACGGCCCAGCCACGGGCUUCAUCGUUGGACUGGUCGCCUAUACCCUGAAAAUGUUCUACAUCGUUCCCGAGGACACUAUGCAGGUUCUCUACAUUGAGUCUUGGGCACGAAUCCGGACUCUUAGUCUGACCGGGAAGCUUUUCCAUCGCACCGGAUUCGCUGACCUAUUGCUGGUUCAGCAUGAGAAGGUGGCCAGGACAUACGGCGUCAAAAACGCGGGCUGCAUGGUUGUGAAGAGAACCGGCUGA